CACUUUUUCAAAUUUUCUUCACUUUUCAACACAGCAAAAAUGUUUAUUUAAUAAUUUUCAUUCAUAUAUAUUCCAAAUUUCAAAGUUUUGGUGAUUGUAAGCACAUUGCAAAAACAGAAGCAGCAAUCGCUACCCAAAAUUGGAAUGACCAGCAAUGUCUAUGUAAUUGAAAAAUAAAACAACAAAAAAAGCGGAAUAAAAAUUUAACUGAUUUGUGGGAAACCAGUGGCCAAGCACUUUGAGGAAUUCCUCAAGCCAAUUUCUUAUAUGCGUGUUCACAUAAAAUGGCCGCAAAGUCAAAGCCAGAGCCAAAUCGCAAGCCGAAUCUGAAGCGCGAUGGUACGCAUGGCAAGCGAAAGGAAAAGGAGGUGCGCGAACUAUGGAUCAAUCCGAAUGCGAUCGAAAUGGGUGAAUCGCAGAUGGACAUAUGCGCUUUUGACUGUGAAUGCCAAUUGCCGCGUAAUCAAAAUGUGCAACAGGAACUCCAGCGACUAGCGAGAGUUUACUCCCAAAUAGAAACAGCACCGGAAGACGAAGAUGAAGACAGUGACGAGGAGCCAAAAAGUCAGGGCUUUUUGUGUUUUAAGCCAAAAAAAUCUCAAUCUAAAUUAUCAAAAAGUCAGCAAAAAGAGAAGGCGGAAAAAGAACAACACAAACGUGAAAAGUCGAGCUAUGACAGAUCAAAAGAGAAAGAAGAGGCAGCGAAGAAAGAUAGUGAAAGGAAAAGCCGCAGUCGACAGCCCGUACAAAUUUGCAAAUUCCAAACGCGUGAAGAAGUCAAGCGUUUUAAAGAGCUUAAAUCAAUUUAUUCCACAAAACCAAAGCGUAGGUCCUCAACUACUGACAAUCAGCAAAAGAAACUGAAAAAACCGGACAAACGCAUGGACCAUGAACCAAGCAAACGCCCCCGCAGCUCUAGUGAUGAUUCCGUACAUAACCCUAAGCAUAAGCAACACACUUCACGCAAGGAAAGAGCUCGGAGGGUCCAACAAACGCAAUCAUGCGCCAGCAAUAACAGUGACUAUCCGCAGAGGCGUUCUUAUUCCCGUUUGAGUGAGGAAGAAAAGCAAAGACACAAGAAAAAAUCGGAAAAAUCUGGUGUGGGGUGUUGCGGUUCACGCAAAAAAUCCCACGUUGACAAACAACGUCGGGAAUAUGAAGCUUACAAGCCCACCAACCAGCAGACCUCCAACCACCAGGCUGCCAGUGCGAGAACGUCAACGUUGCCUAUUUGUCCACUUACGCGCGACGAAAUUGAAUUGCUUGAAACAUUGAAAGCAACAUAUGCUCGUGAGGUAAAUAAACGCGAAACAGAAAACAGAGCAGAUCCACUAACAACGGAGGAUACCGGUUGUUGUUCAAAAUCUAAAAAAAAACGCCAAUCAGACGAUGACUCAUAUUAUUCAUUACAUAGCCAAUAUCCUAUAGAUCCAAACGGGCCAUAUGGCUGCAGAUGUCCAAAAAACUAUUCCCUAACCUUUGAGCAAAAGUAUCCAACUAGAGAGUAUCCGUCUACAAUUUUUUCACAUGAUCAGGAAUGUAGUGAAAGAGAAGAGAAAUACAGAAUGUAUACACCCAGGAAAAUGAAAUCAGCUGAAGAAAAUGUAAUACGCAAAACGGAGCCAAAAAAUGGAAAAGGUAAAUCGGAAAGUUCUAUAUGCACAUGUGACAGAAAUAGAAAAUAUAGUAAGGAACCAAAACAUGAAACCUUGCCAGAAGAUUCUGAUUCAGAAAAACCCGCGAUAUGCUCAUGCUUUAAUACCCCAAAGAGAAAAUCUAAGAGAGAUAAAAGACCUAGCCAAGUAGAAGAGAAAAGCCAAACGAGAAAACCUACACCUUUAAUGGGAGAUGCUGAAACAAGUAAAAGGAAAAACUCUGAUAAGUCAAAGAAAGGUGAUGAGUCUAAGAAACCAGAUAAGAAAGCCCAUAAGCAAUCUUCCACUACUUCAUGUUGUCCGAUAAGCAAACAGAAUAAAUCAAAGAAGGAAGGUGAUAUGAAAGAGAAAUCCACAAAGACCGAAAAAGAUGAAAAAAUUCAUAAGAAAUCAUCCGAUACAUCUUGUUGCUCGAGAAGUAAAAAGGAUAAACGAAAGAAAGAAGCUGAUAUCAAAGAGAAACCCACAAAGACCGAAAAAAGGGAAAAAAUCAAUAAGAAAUCAUCCGAUACGUCAUGUUGCCCGAGAAGCAAAAAGGAUAAGCCAAAGAAAGAAGAUGGUAUGAAAGAGAAGCCCAGAAAGAGCAAAAGUGAAGAAAAAGUGCAAAAGAAAUUAUCUGAUACGUCAUGUUGCCCAAGAAGUAAAAAGGAGAAACCAAGGAAAGAAGCUGAUACGAAAGAGAAGCCCAGAAAGAGCAAAAGUGAAGAAAAAGUGCAUAAGAAAUCAUCCGAUACGUCAUGUUGCCCGAGAAGUAAAAAGGAGAAACCAAGGAAAGAAGCUGAUAGGAAAGAGAAGCCCAGAAAGAGCAAAAGUGAAGAAAAAGUGCAAAAGAAAUCAUCUGAUACGUCUUGUUGCCCGAGAAGUAAAAAGGAGAAACCAAAGAAAGAAGCUGAUAUCAAAGAGAAACCCACACAGACCGAAAAAAGGGAAAAAAUCAAUAAGAAAUCAUCCGAUACGUCGUGUUGCCCGAGAAGUAAAAAGGAUAAGCCAAAGAAAGAAGAUGGUAUGAAAGAGAAACCCAGAAAGAGCAAAAGUGAAGAAAAAGUGCAAAAGAAAUUAUCUGAUACGUCAUGUUGCCCAAGAAGUAAAAAGGAGAAACCAAGGAAAGAAGCUGAUACGAAAGAGAAGCCCAGAAAGAGCAAAAGUGAAGAAAAAGUGCAUAAGAAAUCAUCCGAUACGUCAUGUUGCCCGAGAAAUAAAAACGAUAAGCCAAAGAAAGAAGAUGGUAUGAAAGAGAAGCCCAGAAAGAGCAUAAAUGAAGAAACAGUGCAAAAGAAAUCAUCCGAUACGUCUUGUUGCCCGAGAAGUAAAAAGGAGAAACCAAAGAAAGAAGCUGAUAUCAAAGAGAAACCCACACAGACCGAAAAAAGGGAAAAAAUCAAUAAGAAAUCAUCCGAUACGUCGUGUUGCCCGAGAAGUAAAAAGGAUAAGCCAAAGAAAGAAGAUGGUAUGAAAGAGAAACCCAGAAAGAGCAAAAGUGAAGAAAAAGUGCAAAAGAAAUUAUCUGAUACGUCAUGUUGCCCAAGAAGUAAAAAGGAGAAACCAAGGAAAGAAGCUGAUACGAAAGAGAAGCCCAGAAAGAGCAAAAGUGAAGAAAAAGUGCAUAAGAAAUCAUCCGAUACGUCAUGUUGCCCGAGAAAUAAAAACGAUAAGCCAAAGAAAGAAGAUGGUAUGAAAGAGAAGCCCAGAAAGAGCAUAAAUGAAGAAACAGUGCAAAAGAAAUCAUCCGAUACGUCUUGUUGCUCGAGAAGUAAAAAGGAGAAACCAACGAAAGAAGCUGAUAUCAAAGAGAAACCCACAAAGACCGAAAAAAGGGAAAAAAUCAAUAAGAAAUCAUCCGAUACGUCGUGUUGCCCGAGAAAUAAAAACGGUAAGCCAAAGAAAGAAGAUGGUACGAAAGAAAAGCCCAGAAAGAGCAAAAGUGAAGAAAAAGUGCAUAAGAAAUCAUCCGAUACGUCAUGUUGCUCGAGAAGUAAAAAGGAGACGCCAAAGAAAGAAGCUGAUAUUAAAGAGAAACCCACAAAGACCGAAAAAGAGGAAAAAAUUCAUAAGAAAUCAUCCGAUACGUCUUGUUGCCCAAGAAGUAAAAAGGAGAAACCAAAGAAAGAAGUUGGUAUGAAAGAGAAGCCCAGAAAGAGCAAAAGUAAAGAAAAAGUGCAAAAGAAAUCAUCCGAUACGUCUUGUUGCCCGAGAAGUAAAAAGGAGACGCCAAAGAAAGAAGCUGAUAUUAAAGAGAAACCCACAAAGACCGAAAAAGAGGAAAAAAUUCAUAAGAAAUCAUCCGAUACGUCUUGUUGCCCAAGAAGUAAAAAGGAGAAACCAAAGAAAGAAGUUGGUAUGAAAGAGAAGCCCAGAAAGAGCAAAAGUGAAGAAAAAGUGCAAAAGAAAUCAUCCGAUACGUCUUGUUGCCCGAGAAGUAAAAAGGAGAAACCCACGAAAGAAGAUGGCAUGAAAGAGAAGCCCAGAAAGAGCAAAGGUGAAGAAAAAGUGCAAAAGAAAUCAUCCGAUACGUCUUGUUUCUUGAGAAGUAAAAAGGAUAAACCAAAGAAGGAAGCUGAUAUGAAAGAGAAAUCCACAAAGACCGAAAAAGAUGAAAAAAUUCAUAAGAAAUCAUCCGAUACGCCUUGUUGCUCGAGAAGUAAAACGGAGAAACCAAAGAAAGAAGCUGAUAUUAAAGAGAAACCCACAAAGACCGAAAAAGAGGAAAAAAUUCAUAAGAAAUCAUCCGAUACGUCUUGUUGCCCGAGAAGUAAAAAGGAUAAACCAAAAAAAGAAGAUGGUAUGAAAGAGAAGCCCCCAAUGAACAGAAGUCAAGAAAAGGUGAAACCACAGGAAAAAGAUGAUUCUAAAACGAAACGCUCGAAGAUUAAAAGCGAAGAUCCACAAAGGAAGUCAUCUCAGACAACUUAUUUUGGAAGUAGUAAAAAGGACCAAUCAAAAAAAUUGGAUGGUUCUGAAAGAAAAAUAUCUAAAUCUAAAAGCAGAGAAAAGGCUGAAAAGACCUCACCCAAAACAACUUGCACGUGUUGCGGAGGAGGAGAAAAAGAGAAACCAAACAUUGAUACCAGUGACAAGAAGACACCAAAAUCAACCACCCCAACUAAGGGACGACCAAUAAAUCGUGAGCAAAAGAUGCAAACGAACCCGAAACCGACACGAGUUGCUUCAAAAAAAAGCUCUCAAACGUAUUUUUGUCCGUGUUGUGAAUUAUCUGACGAAAGAGUUAAAUCGCCAACCAGAGCUCAUGACAAGAGGGCAAAACCAAAUAUGCCAGCUUCUAAAAAGAAACAUUCUGACUCAUCUUUUUGUUCGUGUUGUACGAGCGCUGAUACACGACAAAAAUCUAAAGAUAAGCAAAUUGAACUAUCGCAACAAAAAGAGAAGGAUAAUAGGAGGGGAAAAGAAUGGCAGCAAGCAGAGUGUGGUCAAGAUAUGAAACCGCCCAAUUUUUCAUACUGCGACGCGCUCUAUAAUGAACUGGAAAAUUUAGUUAUGCAAAAAGAACAAUGCCCGAAACAAAAGCCACCAAGUAGCACGAGCAAGGAAUCGGAAAAAAGGGAUAACGGCUAUUGUCGUGAUUGCUGUGGAGGAAACAGUUCGAAAAACAAAGAGACAAAAUCCAAGUCAAGUGCAAAAUCGAAGAGUAAAGAGAAGCAUCAAAUCCACAGCAAUACUAAGGAAGCUGAACCAAGGUGCAGCGAAGCAAAAAACAGAUACCAGAAUUGGCAAAGGAAAGCGCAGGAGGUCUACAGGUAUAUGUCUAAAGACAAUGCACACCACAAAGGCAAGACGAAAACACAAAAUGGCACAACUACUCUUAGUGAACCUCCACCCCUUGCACCAUGCUAUGCCACCAGUGACUCAAAAAUCCAAAAAUCAUAUGUGGCUGAAUAUGUCCUGGGCAAGAAAUACCAACGAAGCCGGUCCCUAGCGCAAGUCAGAAGAGUAAAGUACGAUGUCAUCUUGGGAAGCAGCGCAAAGAAGAAAUGUUACAAAAAUCCUGACCAAGCGCCGAAUUCGAGUUAUUUUUAUGGGUAUGGUGUAGAUUGCAAAAAUUAACAAAUUUAAAUGCAUUUUAUAUGUGACUACAAUGGCAUGCAAAUGCGGGCAGUUGCACGUAAAAUGCGUUUUUAUUGUUAAAUUUACCAAUUAUUACUAGUAAUCCAUGCAAGUAACAUUUAAGUGUAAGUAGGAAGUUCACAUAGAAAACAAAUUUGUUUGUGCAAUUUUUUAAUGUGGCUGCAGUUUUUAAUAUAUUGAACACAUUUU